GUAGUUUAAACCCCCCCAACUACUAAUGUAGCCACUUCCUGGUUACUUUAUCUAGCUAACUAGUAUUUUCUGUGAAAGGGGAUGAGGUUUUUUGAAGAGAGAAAAGCUGCCCAUUGAAACUGGAUCAGAAAGUCAGACAAAAUGAGCUGGAUGCCCUUCAAGAUUGGACAACCAAAAAAGCAGAUUGUUUCCAAAACAGUUGAAAGAGACUUCGAACGAGAAUAUAACAAGCUCCAAAAGUUGGAAGAUCAGACAAAGAAGCUCCACAAAGACAUGAAGAAAAGCACAGAGGCUGAUAUAGCCAUGUCCAAGGCAGCAGUGAAGAUCUCAGGGGACCUGCUCAGUAACCCACUGUGUGAACAGGACCAGGCCUUUCUGGAAUCCAUGACUGCUCUGGACACGGCCAUGAAGAGGAUGGACUCCUUCAAUCAGGAGAAGUUGAACCAGAUCUCGAAGACGGUGAUCGAUCCUCUAAAAAAGUACAGCAGUGUGUUCCCCAGCCUCAACAUGGCCGUGAAACGAAGGGAGCAGGCUCUACAGGACUACAAGAGGUUACAGUCCAAGGUAGAGAAGUAUGAAGAGAAGGAGAAGACGGGUCCCACCAUGGUCAAACUACACCAGGCCAGGGAGGAGCUGAGACCAGUCAGGGAGGACUUUGAAGCCAAAAACAAGCAGCUGUUGGACGAGAUGCCCAAGUUCUACCACAGCCGCAUCGACUACUUUCAGCCCAGCUUUGAGGCACUCAUCCGGGCACAGGUGGUGUACUUCACGGAGAUGCACAAUAUCUUCAGUGAGUUGACGGAUCAGAUCGACCAGGCAGGGCUGACUGAUGAGCAGAGGGAGAGGGAGAAUGAAGCCAAGCUGAGUGAGCUGCGUGCUCUGUCUAUUGUCGCUGAUGACUGAGCGCGGGAGAGAACACCAAGGAGGGGAAGGGCUCGCUCUAUACCUCUGGCCUUGACUCCUUUCAAACCUCAGUGAAUGGAUUGCUCUUCAGGAUCCUUCUCACUGUGCAAAUGGACAGCUUUGGUCAUAUCCUAAUCAUCAAUUUCUUUCUUGCACUCAUCUUCCCACCUCUCUCUCUCUCACAUCUGACCCUUUUCUCACGUCUAAAGAAACACUGAUAGCAAUUCAAAGCAUUUUAACUGCCACAUUUACCAAGCCAUCAGCCAAGUGCUAUUAUCAUAAGCCAAUAUGUAUAUAUUUUUUUUAAAUCAUGGAAUGAAACUGUUCUAAGAACUCAUUUGUGGGUCACACCAUAGAAUUACAUAUAGAACUAGUAGAUUUAUAGGAUAUCCGUGGGUCACACUUUCUUCUCAAAGCUGCAUACUCGGUUUUGAUCGUUUGAGUUUUGUAAUCAUUUCCAAAUCAAGGUACGUACCAAAAUGUAAUUUAUUGUACCAUAUUGGUAGUACUGUCUUGAACACUAAUAUUGAAAUGUUAGCAGACUAGAGGAUGAAGUGUAGGUCAGAAAGCUACAUUCAGUUGAAUCUCUGUAUUUCUCCCUCCCUCAGGGGUUAUGCACACUGAUCUAGCCUGUGCAUUGUGGACUGGGAGCUUAUUUGUUGGGGUAAAAAUUAUAUUGAAAGUUACCUGUAGUAUUUAACACUAGCCACUCCAGUUUCCUGGCUAUGGAUAUAAUACGUCAAACUCUUUCAUCUUCAGACCUCUGAUGGUGGCUGUAUAAAGGAGUGUCAAAAUGUUUUUGUCUGUUCCCUAAUCGUCCCCUGCUUCUGAAAAGGACAAUCUGACAUAGUCUUAGACUGAGAUAGUCCUUAUACCCUUAUCUUGUUCUUCAUGUAGGUUUUACAAGUCAAGCUAGAGUGCUUGCCUUUCAAAAGCAACGCUCUUGCUCCCUCUAGUGACACUUACUGUUCAUUGUUCUCAUAGCUUUCCUUCAUUUGACCAUAUCUUUGUUGUUCUUUGUUCCAUUGUUUGUGCUCAGUUUUAUUUGUGCAAACAGUUUAAUUAUUGAUUUAAACUCUCCAGUAAAUGUUCCUACUACAUACCAGAUCAAAUAAAACCAGGAGAGGACCAUGUCUAUCAGUUAUUGCCUAAGAUGAGAUCAUGGCAUAUGAUUGAAGUACAUCACUUAACUAUUAUACCCACCUUUGUUGGAUAUUUAUUAAUGGCAAAUGCUUCUGCUUGAGGAUGACAUUUUUUCCUUAGUCAAUGAUUGUCAAUUUGUCAUGUUUUGAGGGAAUUCUCUCUUGACAUGUGUGCCUUUUCUUUGUGGACAGCUAUGCACAAAAUGCAUACUUGACUAAAUGUGUAUUUUUUUUAUUAUUUGGUUACCUUUUCCAAAACAUAGUUCUAGUUUAAUUAACAUUGUUAUUGAGUGAGAAACUUGACUUGUAAUCUGUUUCUUUAAUGUUAGUGGGUUUUAUUAAGCAGUUUUGUUGUUGCUCUGUUACCAUCUGUUUAGACAUUGUGUUCAGUAAAGCUUUUUCCAUUGUCAUUUUCUAUGAACAACCAUGCAAUAAAUAGAUGUAAGAAGUGUC